GGCAGGCGGAGACAUAAAACGCGCUACAUUCCUCACGCGCACGCAGGAUCGUCUCACAGUGGGAAAAACACGAGAGAGAGCAAGUACUCGAGGAUCAUUUACAGAGCUCUUUUCACUUUCACAGCCGCUUUUAAGACUCCAGAGGCGGAUAAAUUGAGCGGUGUGUCAUCAGAGAUCAGCCGAUGAAGAUGGGUUUAGUCCCCGCCGUGUCUGUGCUUAUUCUGGCGAUCGCAGUGCCCAGCCUGGCCGGAUACAUUGAGGCGCUGGCAGCAAACGCCGGUACCGGGUUUGCGGUGGCAGAGCCGCAGGUUGCCAUGUUCUGCGGCAAACUCAACAUGCACAUUAACAUCCAGACUGGCCGCUGGGAGCCAGACCCUUCCGGAGCCAAUACAUGCGUCGGAACCAAAGAGGAGGUGCUGCAGUACUGUCAAGAGAUUUAUCCCGAGCUGCAGAUCACGAAUGUGGUGGAGGCCAACCAGCCGGUCAAGAUUGAGAACUGGUGUAAGAAGGACAGGAAGCAGUGCAAAGGCCACGCUCACAUAGUGGUGCCAUACAAGUGCUUGGUUGGUGAAUUCGUGAGCGACGUCCUCCUGGUGCCAGAGAAGUGUAAAUUCUUCCACAAGGAGCAUAUGGAUAAGUGCGUGAGUCACCAGCAGUUGCACGGUGUAGCUAAAGAGGCCUGCUCUAAGGAAAAAACGGUCUUGCACAGCUAUGGCAUGUUGCUGCCCUGUGGCAUCGAUAAGUUCCACGGCACGGAGUACGUCUGCUGCCCGUCUACCCGACCUGAGGAGCCCACACCCCCAGUCUUGCCCUCUAAGGAAGUAGAUGACGAGGAUGAGGAACAUGAUCUAAAUGUUGGUGAUGAUGAUGAUGAGAAUGAUGAUGAUGAGAAUGAUGAAGCAAUAGAGAAAAGCGAGCCUGCCGUGAUCAAGCCGCGCACUCGGGAAGACACAGCUGAUGAUGAUGACGACGAGGAGGAGGAUGACGGCGAAGAGGCAGACUACCAUUACGUGUACGAUGAGGAAGAAGAUGACCGUGAUAGUAAGGAGGACAACGUAAAGGAAGAGAAUGCCGCCGUCCCCGAGAGCCAGAACGAGGAAAAAACUCCACAGGAGGAGGAAGCUGUGUGUUCUCUGGAGGCGGAGACCGGCCCCUGCCGCGCCUCUAUGCCACGCUGGUUCUUCGACAUGAAGCAGGGGAAGUGUGUGCGCUUCAUCUACGGAGGCUGCGCCGGCAACCGCAACAAUUUCGACUCGGAGGAGUACUGCAUGGCCGUGUGCAAUCGUCUGACCGUACCGCCCACCCCUCCACCCACAGAUGAUGUGGAUGUGUACUUCGAGACCCCAGCCGAUGAUAAAGAGCACAGCCGCUUCCAGAAGGCAAAAGAGCAACUGGAGAUCAGGCAUCGCAACCGCAUGGAGAGGGUGAGGAAGGAAUGGGAGGAGGCCGAGAGUCAGGCCAGGAGUCUGCCCAAAGCUGAGAGACAGACACUGAUUCAGCACUUCCAGGCUACGGUGGAGUCUCUGGAGGAGGAGGCAGCCAGUGAGAAACAGCAGCUUGUGGAGACGCACCUCGCUCGGGUGGAGGCCAUGCUGAACGACCGACGCCGUCUCACCCUGGAGAACUACCUAGCCGCCCUGCAGGCCGACCCACCGAGGCCUCACCGUAUCCUGCUGGCUCUGAAGAGGUACGUACGUGCGGAGAAUAAGGAUCGGCAGCACACCGUUCGCCACUAUCAGCAUGUUCUGGCUGUGGACCCUGAGAAAGCCGCCCAGAUGAAGUCACAGGUGAUGACCCAUCUGCGGGUGAUCGAGGAACGGAUGAACCAGAGUCUGUCUCUGCUCUACAAGGUGCCAUUCGUCACAGAGGGGAUUGAGGAGGAGAUCGAUGAAGUUCUCCAGUUAGUUUACCAAGAUCAAAAGGCAGAUAUGGACCAGUUCCUGUCCUCCAUUUCUGAGACUCAGCCCGACGUCACCGUGUCCUCUGAGGAGAGCAUGGAGGUUCCUGCCUAUGAAGGAAAGCCCUUCCGUCCCUUCCAAGUCAACUCUCUAGGCUCCCAGCCUGAACCCGAGGGUGAUCUCUCUGAACCCCCUCGUGCCUUCAAGAAAGGCUCUGGCAUGAACGGUCUUGAUGGUCUUAUUGGAGCAGAGGAGAAGAUCAUCAACAGCAAGAGCAACAUGAAUGAGAAAGUGGUAAUUGAUGAAACUCUGGAUGUAAAGGAAGUGAUUUUGAAUGAAGUUGAUUCUCAGUUCAGCCGUGGAUCAGAGCAGGAGAUGUUCCGCCCCCUGGUGGAUGACUUCAGCAUCGGAAGCAGCGCUCUGAUUGGCUUGCUGGUCAUUGCGGUGGCCAUAGCGACAGUGAUUGUGAUCGGUCUCGUGCUACUGAGGAAGAGGCCGUAUGGCACCAUCAGUCAUGGCAUUGUGGAGGUUGACCCCAUGCUGACUCCAGAAGAUCGUCACUUGAGCAAGAUGCAGAACCACGGCUAUGAGAACCCCACCUACAAAUACCUGGAGCAGAUGCAGAUAUAGCUGUCAGGGCUUCUGUCGAGCUGGAGAGGGGUGAAAAUACUACUGACCAAUAAUAAAACUGCUCUCUACAAAUCAUUUCUUGCAUUUGAAAUGCAUAUUCUGGUUCAUUCAUGAAAAAAAAAUGGUUCAAAAACGCUACUACUUCUAAUAAUGCUACUGUUGUACCACAGAGCCAGUUUGUGCUCUUGCAAUCCUUUUCUUUUAGAGACAUUUUAUCUUUAUGCAAGAUGUUUUAUGUAAGGAAAAUUAGCCUGAAAUUGGUUUUACACGCGUUCAAUUGGAAAACAUUAUCAUUUUAUUUCACAUGUUCUUUUUUAUGUUAACUUCAAAUCAGAUCUGUAGAGGGUACAGCAAAGCCAAAACAAUCAAUUGAAAGACACAGCAGUUUUAUCUACACUAUCGCUGGCCGUCAAAUAUACUUUUUUCCCGGUAGAUGCUUGUAUAUGAAGGUUAUUUGUAACAACUUUAUUGUAUAGUGAAUCAGUAAAUAUGAAAAUGAAAUCAUUUACUUUGUAAUUGCGAUACACAUGAUAUACGUACAUAGAGAAAUAGAUGAUCAAGUUAUUCAUAGUCACUUUUUUCCUGCAGAGCUUAAAUCUUAGCUGGGUUACAGGUUUAAACUUUGAGAUUAAAGGACCGAUAUUUCCUGUCUAACAUUUGAUACCAUCACCUGUAUAGGAUGUGAUGAAUGAUUCAAUCCGAACGGCUUGACAAUCUGCCUGAUCUGUCGGCUGAUUGUGAAGGUGCCCCAUUAGUUUUUAGAAAGAAGAUUUGGUUUUAUCUUUUGGUUACGGUGUCAAACUUAGACAAGGAAAUCAGUCGGCCCCUGCAGAUGGUCAUUGCCGGUUGGUUUGAAGAAAUGAGGGCCUUAAAGUUACGGGCCUCCAGCCUCCCUUAUCACAGUUAAAACAUCUCUUACUCAAAUUUACUCAUUGAAUGUUAUUUUUCCUGCUGUUACGUCGACACACUAACACUUCCUUUAUAUAAGAGUAAAUCUGACCUUAUAAAGUGGUUUCUUCAGCUUUUAUCACACAAUUAUACAUUUUCGUGUCAUGGCUGCAUAAUGAGAAGUGUCAUGGGGUGGUGUGACAAUAGAAAGCAUAGAUCCAUGAAAGAAAACUUCUGUAAUUCUAAUACUAUGGUAUGUAUAGUUUAUCAUACAAGUCCCACAAGGACGGACCCUUGCAAAUUGUGAUGAAGGCAGAAAUGUACACUAAAUUAUAGCUAGCUGGGGGCCAAAGCAAACGUUGUGCAUGUUCACUAAUAUGAAGAAAAAAUGUUCAGUCAGAUUUUUUCUUUAUUUCCCCCUUCUUAACAAUGUCUGUAUGGCUGUAUAGUUGAUGUUGCAAUCAUUGGCUUUUAUAAAAGACAACCUGUGGUGUGCAUUGUUCUUAUAUGAGAUGUUAAGAUAUAUAUUUUUAAGUUUGUUCUCUUUUUUUUCUAUUUUCCCCUCUUCCUGUGACAGUAUUUCUGUAUGUGACUUUCACUAUGCACCUAUAAAUGGCUCCGGUUUUGGACCUUGUCAUUGCCUGCUUGAUUAUGGAAAAGGUUGUACGGGUGAGGGGGAAAUAAUAUAAGAUUUGCAUAUUAGAAUUGAAAUAUCUGAAUCCAAUGGAAAAAGGGCGUUAUGGUUACAGGUGGGAAACACAUCAAUAAAUUCACUACUUCCA